GUAGCUACCCAUCCUAGCCACCCUCUACCGCCAAACUUUUCGUCACGCUCUGCACAAAUACUGGAGCACUGCACUUUACAAAGAAUUCUUGGACUGAUUUCUCUGUCAGCAUUAUUGGAUUGGGCCGACAUUGAACUUUCCAGGCAACGUCCAUUUUCGGUCCCGUUUACCAUGUGCGUUCAUUGUGCCCCCGCACCGGUCAAGCGCGUCACGAAAGGUUAAAGGCUGGCGUGUCCAACAGGUGUAUCGUACAAUUCAUAGCUUAUAUUCUUUCUAGCGAAACCAUUUUCACAAACCCCCUCAUAUAAGCAGUUUUAUCACGCAUUCCAAUGGCUACUUCGAUUACCGAAGCUAAAAUAGCGACCAAGUCUUUGCUCCAAAAAGUUGAGCCACAUAUGAAUGAUGCGCUGGCACUUGAAUCCCUGGGAUUUUUUCUGCCGGUUGCCUUGAAGGCUCUAGAUACGAUAGGGCUCUUUAAAGUAGAGGAAUCACCAAGAGCACUUAGUGAGUACAAAUCGACCUGCGACAAACUUGUGGAAGCUAUUCAAUCCAACGAGGGUUCUCUUGGACAAAGAGCAUGGAAAGACGUCACUGUCGAUGGCAAAUCAUGGCAUGACCAUUUGGUUACAAUGAAAUCAUGCAUCAGCACCCUUCAAGCAGAGGUCAAUAAGAUAAAGGUUGAAAGACCGUUCCUGGCUGAAGCUAUCCUGGCCGCCGUUGAACUGAAAAGGAGAAUUCAGAGUUCUGAAGGCUCUUCACCUCAUUUCGACAUCUUAGAUGGGACGCUAUUAUUCCUACUCUCUGCAUUAGACCUUUUACAGUCACUUCCCCGCCAGAAUAGCGAUAGUGUUGCAGACCUCGCAGGUCCUCUACGGCAGUGCAGCUUGAAAUGUCGCAGCGCCCUCCCCAGUUCAGAAGAAGCAGUUGUUUGGAUGGAGAGCUGUCAACAAUUAUUGGUGUUACUACAAGGGUUUUCCAACACAUUCGUGUGCUUUUUCUUACAGAAAAACAUGUCUGAUGAUGCGAAGCUGCGAGCUCUCUCCAUUUUCAGCACGAUGGGUACAUACUACAUGCAGAGAAACCAAGGGUUGCUACAGCGACGAGUCGAUGAUAUGUUGGAUGCGAAUCGAGCGCAACCGGCUUCUAAAAGCGCAAUCCAGGCUCUACCCAGAACCACUAAGAGCGUGAGGGAGAUCUGUGUGAUCUGCACAGAAUCGAUGGAGAUCACUACAAUGCCAUGUGGUCAUUGUUAUCACGAUGGCUGCCUUUCCCAUUGGCUGAAGGUGGCCGAUUCCUGUCCUCAGUGCAGAGAGACGUUAAAAGAGGAGAGAAAGGCAGAUACAGAAGGAUGGGUGGAGGCAACAGAAUGAUAUGUAGUUCUUGUCGCCGCGGAUACACAGGACGGAAGCCAAUUCCCUUAGCAACUAAAUGCUGCAUGUCUUAAGUCAUGAUCUCCAGUAACAUUUGAGUCAAAACGGUGUUGGAGUACAUGAAUUGAUUGCUUUUGAUACGACUGUGUCAUCUAGGAGCUGCAGACGGUCGAUUUCAAGGUAUAGGCAUAGGCCUUGAAGAUCUUGAUACCCGGUUUGUUAAUCUGCGCGAAACGUCCGAUUUUGGUGUAGAGAAACCUCGAAAGUGACUGACGUGCCACUGCAGCAGGCCGAAAGUCGCGAUGAGAUGAAGCGAUCGCUUUCGAGGCUCCUGCCCAUGAGAUUCAAACGACAAAACGUGUGAAAGGUUGUGAAAUCCAGUGAUGGCCAAAUGCAACGAGCGGCGGGCAGGCUCCAGAUCCUGCUUCCUGAGGCGAAAUUUUCCAUUCCACGUUGGGCGCUUGGCUGGCACAAAUAUUACGCGGCAGGAGCACGCGGAGCAGUUCCGCACGGAUCGGAGGUACCAGACUGGGGUGUCAAUAGGCACGAAUGCUCGCGCAACAGUAAUACACGGGAUGACGACUUAUAACAUUGCCGUAGCAAUAGAAAGUAAUUAAAGGAUGCCGUACAUGAGUUCACUGAGCUGUAUAAUUUUAUCGGUGUCAAUACAACAGAAGACUUCCAUUAUGCGAUAAAAAGUAGCUCCUUGCGGCGUGAGCGCGAAGGCGACAACGCGAAUAUAUUUUUUUAGUUGAGCACUUCACAAGCAUUAAUAAGUAAU